AUGAAUGAGGAUGAUUUGGUACGAAGAGCGGCGGAAGAGCGGGAAAUUAUCGUUGCUCGUUAUAAAAAAGGUCGAGAGGAAGGAGCACAAAUCGACCCAUGGGAAGAUCCAGCCUUUGAGGUUUAUCACGUCACAGACAGAUAUGGGUUUAUGCAUGAUAAACGUCUUCCAAAAACAGCUGAUGCAAAUGAAUUACGACAAAAGGACUUGGAAAUGGAAAGAGUCAAUAAAUGGCUCAAGAUGACAAUGGACUGGCAAUCAGUUUUAGGUUCAAAAAAAUUAAAACGUAGGAUUUUUAAAGGGAUACCAGAUAAAUUGAGAGCAUUAAUUUGGGGAUUGUUGUUAAAUGUUAAAAAGGUUAAAGAAGAACAAAAAGGAAAAUAUGAAGAAAUGAGAGAUUUAGCUUUAAAGUGGUCAACAGAUAUCAGACAAAUUGAUUUGGAUGUUAAUAGAACAUAUAGAGACCAUAUUAUGUUUAGGGAUAGAUAUAGUGUCCAGCAAAUAGCUUUAUUUAAUAUAUUAGGAGCCUACAGUAUUUACAAUUCUGAUAUAGGUUACUGUCAAGGAAUGUCGCAAAUAGCCGCUUUGCUAUUAAUGUAUUUCAACGAAGAAGAUGCAUUUUGGGCCUUGGCUAUUUUAUUCGCUGAUAGCAGGUACAACAUGCAUGGGUUUUUUAUUCCUGGUUUUCCAAAGCUAAUAAGGUAUCAAGAGCAUCAUGAUAAAAUCAUGAACAAGUUCCUACCGAAAUUAAAAAAACAUUUGGAUAAAAAUGGAGUAGAUACUGGAAUAUAUACUCUCAAGUGGUUUUUCCAAUGUUUUCUAGAUAGAAUACCUUUUCCAUUAACCUUAAGAGUUUGGGAUGUAUAUUUAUUAGAAGGGGAAAAAACGUUAACAUGUAUGGCAUAUAACUUGCUUAAAAUGCAUAGGAAAGCUUUAAUGAGAUUAGGCAUGGAUGAUAUUCUACAGUAUUUACAGAUUCGACUGGAAAAAGAUUUUGGGUUCGAUGAUGAUUCAACAAUGGAAACCCUUCAGAGAGCAUGCGAAGAAUUGAGAAAAGCUCAAUUGGACUAUGCUGGACCUCCACUGCCACACGAACUCCCCAAAAAACCGUUUGGAAUAUUUGUCGAGCCAACGGUAGAUUUGAAAAUCGGGCGAAGGAAAAUGGAAUUUUCACACGAGGAAAAAGUAACGAACGAAACGGUUAUCAUGAGACGAGACACGGCCAUUGAAAAUGCUUUGAUGAAUUCUGACGACUCCAUGAGCAACAGGCAUUCCAGAUUGUCCAUCGGUGACAGUGUGGGUUUAGGGGACGACAGCAGUCACGGAGGAUCUAAAAGAUCAUUGGCUGAUACGAGUGUGACGUCAACGGCUGACUUAUCGGUAUUUUCAACGGCAACGAGAUCUCAAUUUUUGGACAACAGUCUCGACACUCACAGCAACGCAUCGGAUGGAAGUGCGGGUGCCGUAAGCUUGGGAGGAAUCGGUGGGGGAGGGACGACGACGACGACGACGUCAUUGAAAAUAUCGUCUGCUCAUUCGACUCCGAGGACAACGCCGCACAUUCCGAGUCCGGACGUCGUUAGAAUUUACGUACCAUAUUCGCCGAGUUCUCCGACUCCUACGUCAUCACCGCAAAACGGUUCUGUCGCGAUGAUGAGAAAUUUCGUGGAUGUAGAAUCGGGUUACAACGUUCGAAACCAAUCUAAACCCACGCAUAUAAAUCUAAUAAGUCAAGAUGAUAAUAAGAUAACGAUUAAAGUGGACACUAGUCAAGAUGAUGCCAAAACUCCCGUCGUAGAUUACGGUCAUUAUAUGGUAUCCCCAAUUUUAUCCCCAUCGGAAAUCAAUUAA